AUGUCGAACAAAACUUAUCCGUUCGAAAUGAAAGAUAUGACAGCAGACGAGGCAAAGAAGUUGAAACUGUUUACAGGGGAACUUGGAGGUUUUAUUCGCGUUGGACCGAAAGGAUAUAUCGCAACGCACAGAUUUAAAGAAAUGGCCGCUGACAUUUACAACAUGGAGAUAAGAAGUAGUGAUGUGUACGUUGUUACUUACGCCCGAUCCGGCACAACCUGGACUCAAGAGCUAGUGUGGAUGGUGGCAAAUAAUUUGGACUACGAAAAAGCUAAAUCCUUAACACUCACGGAGAGAUUCCCAUUUCUAGAAUUCUCAAUGAUGGUCCACCCAGACAUGACGAAGUUCUUCAAAAAACAGAAAGAAGGUGACAUAGAGAAGCAGAAGCGACUAGAAGUUGUCUCUUCUCAUAUCAUUGACCGCGUAGCAGCUGCACCAUCUCCUCGCUUCAUCAAGACCCAUCUACCACUCACUUUGAUGCCGCCAAAUUUGCUAGAUGCUAAAGUGGUUUAUGUAGCAAGAGACCCGAGAGAUGUCGCUGUCUCCUUCUAUCAUUUGUGCCGAUCUAUGGUAUUUAUGGGAUGGUCAGGCGACUUCAAGUCCUUUUGGGAGUUGUUAAUAAACGACUUGCUAUACUGGACACCGUUCUUCGACCACUUGAAGGAAGCUUGGGAAAAACGCCACCACCCUAAUUUGCUCUUUUUAUUUUAUGAGGAUAUGCAAAAGGACCUUCCAGCGGUGAUAAACCGCGUCGCUGACUUCUUGGGCAAGAAAUACAGCGAUGAGCAAGUGGCACAGCUGUGUGAGCAUCUCAAAGUGGACAGCUUCAAGAAGAAUCCCUCCAUCAACAACGUACAGUUCAAGGAACUUGGUUUGAUGAAACCAAAUGAAGAAUUUGUUAGAAAAGGUAAGUCGGGAGGUUGGCGCGACUACUUCGACGAAGAGAUGACAGCCCAAGCAGAGAAAUGGAUGGAGGAAAACCUGCGCGAUACUGACUUAAGAUUUCCGCAUCUACAAUAG